AUGGUUUUACCGUAUGGAGAGUGGUCAGAAUCGAGUAUAAUGAGUGUAAAAGAUAUGAUUGAUAUGGCCUUUGGCACAGAAGAAGAAAAUACGUGUGACUUUAGAAUUGUACAUGCCCUGUUACUUGUUCUUGCAAGAACACUGGCAGUAUUAGAUCGGGAUAUUAUGGUUGACGCGACUCCUUCCCUUUCUAUAGAAAGUAGUAUGACCAUUACUGAGGUAAAAGUUAAGGCUAGAGGUGGAAAGGGAAAGAAGGGUAAGGGUAAAGAAACAACAAAAGAAGGAAAACAAAAAGUCCCAGAAAAACCUUCUACCAAAGCCCCAGCGGAUACUGACAAAAAAGGUAGAAAAAGUGUUCAGGCAGAUAAACCUUCGGACCGGAGAGAAAAGGGGGGAGAUAAACCUUCUGGGAAAUCGAAAGAUAUGAGAGGUACCCUUGAUGAAGCUGACAAAGAAUAUGAUAAAAAAUCGGGAAGAGGACGUGGGGAGGAUAUUUCGGAAAAAGGCAAAAGGUCUCCAAGUGGUAAACAAGACGACACCGAACGAACUCAAAGAAGUAAAAAAUCCCCAGAUGAUGAAUACGAGGAAACUUCACCCUCUCAAAGAAGUAAACGGCCACCAGAUGAUAAAUAUGAGAAAGGAAGAGGUAAAAAAUCUCCUGGGGGUAAAUACGAGGAAGAAGAUUCAAGGCGAUCCAAAAGAAGCAAACGAUCCCCAGAGGAUGAAUAUGAUGAAUCGACACCCUCCAGAAAAAGCAAGAGAUCCCCAGACGAUGAAUAUGAUGAAUCGACACCCUCUAGAAAAAGCAAACGCUCCCCAGACGAUGAAUAUGAUGAAUCAACGCCGUCUAGAAAAAGCAAAAGAUCCCCAGACGAUGAAUAUGAUGAAUCAACACCCUCUAGAAAAAGCAAGAGAUCCCCAGAUGAUGAAUAUGAUGACGACAAGAAAAGUGCUAAACCUUCAAAAAAAGGUAAGAAGUCAGGCUAUGAACGUGAAGAAGAAUAUGAAUCAUCUGGUAGAAAAAGUAAAAGAUCUCCUGAUGAUGAAUACGAAGAGGGAUCCACCAAAAAACGCAAGCGUGCCGCAGAUGAUGACGAUGAGGAAGACUCUACUAGAAGACGUAAACAACCUGCAGAUGAUGAAUCCGAAGAAGGCACUACAAAGUCAACCAGAAAAGGCAAAAGAAGUGCAGACGAUAAAUAUGAAGAAGGACAAGAGUCACCUACUAGUAGAAGCAGGCGAAGAUCCGCAGACGAAGGCGAUGCAUCCAGUACUAGAAGCAAAGGUAGAAGCAAAAGAACUGAAGAUGAUGAAUAUGAUGAAUCAGCACCCUCAAGAAAAAGCAAAAGAUCACCAGACGAUGAAUAUGCAGAAGAUAAAGAUGCGAAACCUUCCAAAAAGGGUAAAAAGGCCGAAGAUGAUUAUGAUGAAGAUAAGGAAGAUGCUAAAUCUUCUAAAAAAGGCAAAAAGUCUCCAGACACUAAAUACGAAGAAGAACGUUCUCAGCCGUCUGGUAAAAGCAGAAAAUCUCCUGACGAUAAAUAUGAUGAAGAUUAUUCAUCAACCUCCAAAAAGGGUAAAAGAACUCCAGAAGAUGAUAAGUAUGACGAAGACGUUUCCUCACGUUCGAAGAAAUCUAAAAAAUCCCCAGGUAAAGACGAUGAAGAGUAUUCAUCAGCCUCUAGGACUUCAUCUGAGGAAUCUUAUGAUAGAGCUUCAAAAUCUUCUAAAGGAACUACGGCAUCAUCUCGUGGUAAACCAGGUGAUAAGGGGAAGGCCCCUGUACAAAAAGGAAGAAAAGGGAAGGAUCUUGUGGAUUUGUUGGAAUCACCAGACUCUUCAGCUCUACAACUUUCUGCUCGACUUGAAGUUGUAGAGAAGUCUAUAGAUAAGAUGAUGAAAGUAAUACAGGGCCUGGGCAAAGUGCCACCUAAGUACAUCGAAACUUCUAAAGUUGGGAAAUCUGAACCUAAGUCGCCAGCCGAAACAGCAAAGGGAACAAAGAUAUCCGAUUUAGAAACUGAUCAACAAAGUGUGAGCUCAAAGAAGGGAGUUCUUAAGGGUAAAGGAAAGGACACUGCUACACCAGCUACAGAUACUGCGACGACAUUUGCUACUACUACUCCUUUAUAUGUGACGCCAGCGGAGGGAUCCGAGUCAGGCGGCGAUGAAGGGGCCGCAGAAGCAACAAAGAAAAGUGGAAUGGCAACAUAUGACCAAAAGCUAGCAACAUCGGAGGACUGCGAACAAAAAAUGAAUGAAUUAGAAGCAGAAAUUAAUCAGUACGCUGAGAAGAUAAAUGGCAUGGAUGCUGCCUUUUCCUCAAUCUUGACAGACGUCCAAGAAGAACUGGCGCUAAUGCAGCAUAAUCUAGAAAUAACCUUGGACAAUAUGGCGGAAUCCCUUGCUAAUAGAGAAACUGAUGCAGAGGAACUUUUCCUCUUCAAUUAG